CAUUGUCCUUACAGCAUUAUCUGUUCUGCUGUUUCUAACGAAGAAGUGUGUUAUGACCAUCUAGCUCAAUAUAUGGAACGUCACCGCUGCCACGGAUUUGCUUUUGAUCAUCGGGCUAUUCUCGUGUGGUAAAUUCGACUUUCUGGGGUUACUGCUUUCUCCUUGACGUCUGUAAUUGUGCUUCACCACACUCCACGUACACUUAAGACAUGCGCGUGGCGAAGUACCCUCAACUCUCCCAACUCAGUUGCUGUACGCGGCCUUGAGAUACGAAGGAGCUCCAUAUAGGGGUGCGGAUUACGUUAUUACAACGCCCGCACUGCUAAGGUAAACUGGCACAUUUCCUCGGUUUUUACCGCAGAGUCCGAGUUCGGACAUAAAUAAUUAAGCAGCGCGCACUGCGAGCCUCUCUGGUACCUGUACUUAAAAAUAAAACAGCGUGGUUAGCGCAUCGACUUAUCUUCACUGCUGUACAGAUUUACUAAGAAGUGUAUAGAAAACUAUGUCCGAGCGUAGCCUCAACGUUUAGCUCCUUCGUUUUGCUUCUCUUUUUUUUUUUUUUUUUGGAAAGAGGAUAGAGGAAAGGUGGUGAGGAAAGCGCUAUAGAAUUGAAACCUAUCAGGUUCUUUCUCAGAAGAGGCUCCGGGAAUAUGUAUUGUGUGCUAAAAUUUGUACGCACACCACCCCGACUACCAAUCUGUGCACCACUACAUUGGGAACGUAGCGCUCCGCCUUUAAUAAUUGCGCGUCGAGAUUGUUGCUAACAGCUUGAGCAAAACCAUUAGCUGGGUCGAUGGGAAACGCGAGCCGCGUGCUUAAGCCGCCCGGCGAGCUCCACAAAGGGCGGCAUUUAUGCGCUCGGCCGGUCGCAUUUCGGCAGGGAGAGAUGCCCGAUCGUUUCCUCUCUGCUCAUUUGAAAUCAAUCUUAAAGGAGGCCACGUGACCUCGCGCCCCGCUAUGUCGGCCCAGCACUGGUAGGCACAACUGUUUGCGGCUCGCGCGUCGCUCCUGGAAGAAGCGGCUUUCUACAAGGGCGACAUGGCUCGAAACGAGACUACUUUUGACAACAAGGAAGACGCCAAUGACGUCGUCUGGAUCCUGACAAGCUCGUUCUUGAUUUUUACGAUGCAAUCCGGCUACGGAUUGCUCGAGUCCGGUUUCGUUUCCCGCAAGAACGAGGUGAAUAUCCUCGUGAAGAACGCCACUACGGUGCUGUUCGGUGGCCUGGUUUUCUGGGUUGUCGGCUACGGUAUCGGCUUCGACCCGAUGAAGAACCCAUACUUCAGCUUCGGCAAAUUCUUCACCAGCGCUGAUGAGAUCCACAUGGGGCAGCGGUACUCACGGUACGUCUUUCAGGAAUUAGUGGGGAGUGAUUAG